AUGGAUCUUUCUUGGAAUUUGCCUGAGUUCCCCGAAGAUAGCAUUUUGGAAAGUUUGGUUCUAUCUAACACGAACUUUUCUGGGACUUUACCUCGAUCUAUUGGCAAUCUCAAGUCUUUGACAGAACUGCAGCUUUCGGGUUGGAGACUUUCUGGGGUCAAACCCUCUUCUUUUAACAAUCUCACCCAGCUGGUCCAUUUGGACCUUUCAUCCAAUAAUCUCAGUGGUAAGCUUCCUUCAAUGGUGCGAUGGCGAAGCAUUUUAGACGUAAUACUUUCGAAUAAUAUGCUGACUGGAUCAAUAGCUUCCUCUCUUGGCAACCGAAUGCUUCCAAAUCUUACAAUAAUUGAUCUAACAAAUAACUCACUCACUGGUACGAUUCCUGUGCCGCUGUUUUCUCUGCCAUCUUUACAGAAGUUGCGACUUAGGCAGAACCAGUUUUCGGGUCAUCUGGAAGAGUUGUCAAAUCCUUCUUCCACGUUGUCAUAUGUUGAUUUGAGCAAUAACGAGCCGCAGGGACCAAUUCCAAAGUCAGUCUUUCGGCUCUCAAGGCUAAAAAUUCUCUCUCUUGCAUCAAACAACUUCAGUGGUACGGUGGGGCUGGCCUCGAUCGGGAACUUGAGGAAUCUCUCCUACCUGGAUCUCUCAAAUAAUAUGCUGUCAAUAAUAGAUGGAGCUGAUAAUUCUUCGUGGGUUUCUUUCCCCAAUAUCAGCAUAUUGAGACUGGUAUCUUGCAAUCUGAACAGGCUUCCUGGUUUUUUGAGAUAUCAGAAUGGAGUCAGUAACCUGGACCUCUCGAUGAACAGAAUUGCCCAGGUGGAUAUGGAGUAUUGGGAAGUACAGUUUCGUGUACUUGAAUCUUUCUUUUAA